AAAUAAAUAAAAUAAAAUAAAAAAACAACACCGAAAACCCUUGAAAAAAAAAGAAACUUUCGCCAUCCCGCGCAAUAUUGCUCUGCAAUUGAAACCCUCACUGUCUUAGGAAUCUCAAAUCAUCACUUCUCGAAUCCUGAAGAUUAGAAAUUACCCUAGAAUUACGAUCCUCUCAACGGAACCCAACUGUCGAUGGAGGAAGAUAAGCCUGGCGGCGGCGGCGACGGAGUUGCCGGUGGCGAAUCGUCGUCGAAGCCGACAUCUUCAUUCCUUAAAUCAGGUGACCGGCAAGUGUUCGCGGUGGAGCUCCGACCCGGAGAGACCACGUAUGUUUCUUGGAAGAAGCUCGUGAAAGACGCUAACAAAGCCAAUAAUAUUGGAUCUUCUAAAUCAGUACCCGACCCGCAACCUGUACCUCGCCCCAACCUCGAGUCUCGCAUAGCCCCUGGACAAGCAGAGGAGGACAAAGGGAAAGAUGAGCCUGCUCCAAAUCGUUUCAGUGCUGUUAUUGAGAAGAUUGAACGUCUUUACAUGGGUAACGAUAGUAGUGACGAAGAACUAAAUGAUACUCCUGAUGAUGAUCAAUAUGAUACAGAAGACUCUUUCAUUGAUGAUGCUGAGCUGGAUGAAUAUUUUGAGGUUGAUAAGUCAGCAAUAAAACAUGAUGGGUUCUUUGUUAACAGGGGAAAGUUGGAGCGUGUCACUGAACCUGCUGUAAUACCCAACCAGCAACCGAAGAAAAGGCGACGAAAAGAUUUGGCAAAGGGUCUGGGUGAGAGUGAUGAUAGUCGUGUGUCAAAUAAACAUGCAAAAGUGAAUAAAGCAGCCACUGGGAAGUCGGCACCAUUGGUUGGGAAAAAUUUUCCUAAUCAAAAUUUGGCUGUGGCAAGUGAAAACUUUGGGGAUGUCAAAGGCCAGAAUCAAUUGAAUGUUUCUGUAGUUCCUUCCAAAAAGAAAAGUGCUGAUACUAAAAUGACCUUGGAUCCUUCAUCUCUGAAAAUUUCUAAUGGCGGUGCUUCAGUUUCCCUGGCAGAAGCAAAAGAUACUGAAAAGCUGAAGACAGGAGUUAUUCCGGCAAAGAAUGUUAGUAGCAAAUUAAAAGAUGUCACUGGACCUUCUGAUGCUUCACAUCUGAAAUACCAUGAUCAUAGUGCUCAUUCACAAUCAAAAUCCCUAUCUGGAAAAUUAUUUCGUAAUGUUGAUGAGCUGGAACCAUCUGUUCGGCAAAGAGAAAAAAAUGGCAUUCAUGAAUUGUCAACAUUUAACGUUUCAGAGGGCAAGAAUCAAACAACAAAAAUUUCUCACAUUCACAAAAAGGAUGGUUCUAUUGCAAGGCCCAAAAGUUCAAUGCUUGAAAGGGCCAUCAGGGACUUAGAGAAGAUGGUUGCAGAAUCAAGGCCGCCUACUAUGGAAAACCAAGAAGCUGAUACUUCAUCCCAAGCAAUUAAAAGAAGAUUGCCUAGAGAAAUAAAGCUAAAGCUUGCCAAAGUUGCUAGACUAGCGCAGGCAAGCCAGGGGAAGGUAUCAAAAGAAUUAAUUAAUCGCCUAAUGAGUAUCCUUGGACACUUAAUACAGCUCAGAACACUUAAGAGAAACUUAAAAAUCAUGAUUAAUAUGGGUUUGUCAGCAAAGCAGGAGAAAGAUGAUAGGUUUCAACAGAUAAAGAAGGAAGUUGUUGAGAUGAUAAAAGUGCGAAUCCCCUCUUUGGAGUCCAAGGCAUUUGAGCAUCAAGCUGGAGCUUCAGAUGAUUUUCAAGAAAUUGGCGAAGAGAAAGGAGUUAUUAAAAGAAAAUAUAGCAUGGAUACAGACAUGGAGGACAAGAUUUGUGAUCUCUAUGACCUUUAUGUUGAUGGACUGGAUGAAGAUGCAGGUCCACAAAUUAGAAAGCUCUAUGUUGAGCUUUCACAUUUGUGGCCAAAUGGUUUUAUGGACAACCAUGGGAUUAAGCGUGCAAUUUGUAGAGCAAAGGAGAGAAGAAGGGAACAAUACAACAGACAUAAGGAUCAGGAGAAAAUUAAGAGGAAAAAAAUGUUGACACCUAAAACAGAGGAUAGCGUUCAAAUUGAGACCGAUGCAAAUGCGCAGCCACAAUAUACACGAGAGAGAUUGGGCUCUGAUUCAGGUAGUCAUAGUCUAGCAACAGCUAGCAAACCAGUUUCUAAUACAACAGCAGCUUCCAUGAGGACAUCCAGUCCCUCAGCCAAUGGGGACAGGUUAAAACAAGAUAAAUUGAAGGGAAGUUCAAGCAAUUCAAUGGAUGAAGCAAAGAUGGCUGUGGACGGUGUGAUGACGAAGAAAAAAGUGAAGAGGAAGCCAGAACAGGAUUUGGAUGGGGCUCCAUUGCACCCAGAGAAAUUACCUGCCCAACUGAGCGAUGAAAGACACAAGUCGCAAAAGCUGUGUGCAGGUCUUCCCCAGAAAUCAAACCUUCAGUCUACUGCUCCAAAUUUCGAACAGUCAAGCUGACAUAGUUUAGGAAAUUCACACCACAAAAGUGUUUGUGUAACAGUCUUUUCUUUCUUUCUCGAUCCUUAUCAUUCAUUCUGACCAACCAUUGUUACCAUAUCAGUUACCAUUUUGUAAUUAAAUGAUGUCGCAUGCCACCAUCUUCAUUAGAGUUAAAGCGUAAUAGGAGAAAUUAGAAAGCUUUAGUUUUGUGUACCAUCACUAUGGCUUGAAAUCAAAACCGUAGUUUUAUUA